UCAGUUUUAGGACGUCUGUUUACUUUAAACAGUUUGUAUGAAACGAUGGUAUUGUUACUUCAGAAAGAGUUUUUCAUCCUAUUGCUGAUGUGUGCUCGUGUCACGCAACAGUAUUCUGAAAUUGGAUGGAGGUCUGACCCUUCCUGGAGAAGCGAACGGUUGCCUGGUGUUGGCAACUGUGUUAUUAUUUCCCGUAGUUCUCAAUCUAUUGACCACGGUCAUGUCCAUCACGAAGAACAUGUGGUGGACGGACACACUCAUGGUUUUGAUGACGGUCAUGGUCACUCUUUCCAUGGUGACCAUCCAAACGACGGGCACACUCAUGACGACGAGCACGGACACAUAUUUCAUGAUGAUGACCACACUUCCGAUGGGCACACCCAUGGCGACGAUAACCAUAAUCACGGCAAUGAUCAUGAUCACAAUGACGGAAUGUUUGACGAUCACAGCCAUGAUGACGAAAUAUACGAUGACCACCAUCACCACGAAGUCGAUGACGACCAUAGUCACGGAGACGACCACGACCACAACGACGGAAAAUAUGACAAUCACAGACAUGAUGACGACAUCCAAGAUGACCAUCACCACCAUGACGAUGCAGUCGAUGACGACCAUCACCAUCAUGAAAGCGAUGAUGACCAUAGUCACGGCGAUGAUCAUGAUCAUAAUGAUGAAAUCUAUGACGACCACAAUCACGAUGACGAUAUAGCGGAUGACCACCAUCACCACAACGACGACGAUGACCAUAGUCACGGCGAUGAUCAUGACCACAACGACGGAAGGGCUGACGACCACAGCCAUGACGAUAAUAUCGCAGAUGACCACCACCAUCACAACGAUACAGUCGAUGAUGACCAUCACCAUCAUAAAAACGGUGAUGACCAUAGUCACGGUGAUGAUCAUGAUCACAAUGACGGGAACUAUGAUGGCCAUAGCCAUGACGAUGACAUCAUGGACGAUCACCAUCAUCAUGCCGACGACGAUGACCACAGUCAUGGUGAUGACCAUGACCACGAUGAUGGCAAGUACGACGAUCACAGUCAUACAGAUGAUAUCAAAGACGACCACCAUCACCACAACGAUGGAAUCGAUGAUGACCACCAUCAUCACGACGACGAUGAUGACCACAGCCACGGCGAUGACCACAGUCACGACGAUAAUAUUGGAGAUGACCAUAGACACGACGACGGCAUAGACGAUGACCAUCAUCACCACGAUGAUACAGAUCUCCAUAGCCACAGCGAUGACAUAAGAGACGAUCAUAGCCAUGAUGACAGCAUAGACGAUGACCAUCACCACCAUGGCGACGAUGGGCAUUCCCACGAUGAAGAUGACCACAGCGACAAUGAUGAACACGGUGACCACGAUGAAGUAGAUUUGGCGCUAUUUCCAGGAAUGCAGAAAAUAUCAAUAUCUCACUACCCAGUACUUGUUUGCGAUGGUGGAAGAUACGACGAUAUGAAUUUUUCAGCUGUACCAUCUAGUAUUGGAGAUAUUAUUAUCAGGUGGGAUAAAACACCAACGUUUACAGUGAAACAGUUGUCUAAAUUUAAACACGUGACCAGCCUCCAUCUUCUCGGCGAAGGAAGUUUAUCAUUUAUCAACAACAACUUGGAUAGUGACUCGACUAAUACUAAUGGAUUCGUAACAAGUUUGAGAAUGCCUGAAGGAUCGAUCACAGCGGUUCCAACUUCAUUUCUUCGUAAGUUUACGGUUCUCAAAGAACUUUCAUUGGAGCGCAACUAUUUGAGCAGAAUCGAAAACGAGGCUUUUGCCGGAAUCUACACUUUAGAGGCGCUUUUCCUGAGUCACAAUCGACUGACGAGAUUGAACAUGGGUUGGUUAAUGAGCACUACAAGGUUGAAGGUUCUGGAUCUUCGAGGUACAACUAUCAACCAGGUACCUAUGGAACUCAGCAGAAUUGAAAACGCUCUGGAGUACGUAGAUAUGUCAGACAAUGCUAUCUCAUACAUCGACGCGUCGAGUUUCAGUGCUUGUCCGAAUUUGCGCAUGGUGAUGAUAAGCAAUAACAGAAUAACGAAGAUGGAUACAAACGCUUUUUUGGGAACAACCAAAUUACAAUAUCUUGAUUUGGCAGCCAAUCAACUAGAAACAAUAGAUGAUAACUCUUUCAAACACUUUGGCGAGGACGCUUUCACUGUCAAUUUAUGGCAGAAUGAAAUGAUUUGUGAUUGUAAUAUGGCAUGGCUCCCUGAAUGGAUACUCAAGAGGAAUUCUGUCGGUGUAUAUCCCGAUAUCAAGAUGCAAUGCGCAGCACCAGGCGUUAAUAAAGACAAAGUUUUCCACGGAAUGACAGCUUACGAUUUCACCUGUGAUAGAAGUGACGAAAUUACUUCAGAUGAUAAAAUGCCGUCGGAUACCAGUAGCAGCAAUUCCAAAACUUACAGACAAUUGAAAACAGAAUUUAACGAUGCAUGCCCCGAGAAAUGCAACUGCAAUUACGAUAAACAAAACAAUGGGCCCGACGAGUUUCCCGUAGUCGACUGUUCUGGAUCUGGGUAUACCUACAUACCGUCUGGUAUUUCUCCUUUGACGAAGAGUUUUGUUUUCCAAGAGAAUAAUUUGAAAACAUUGGAUCUUGGUGAUUUGUCAGCUCUGAAAGGACUCAGAUAUAUGAAUUUUGCAGGCAACUACAUUUCUGACAUCGUUUGCACGGCUUCAUCCUCGGACUGUAUAUUCGAUCGCAUGUCUUACUUUAACAUCAAUGGAAAUGAAUUGACGUAUAUCUCAGCAGAUAUGAUCAAAUACUUUCCAGCUUUACACAACUUUAGAUUUGGAUCAAAUCAAAUCACUUCCAUUCCAAAGAAUUUGCUUCGCGGGAAAAGCUAUUUACGAAAUAUUGAAUUGGGACCAAAUCCAAUUGUCAAUGGUAUUGAUGAGACCCUGUUUAACGGAUUAUCCAUUGAAAUCGUCAGAUUAAGUGGAUUAAAAUUGAAAAAAGUUCCUAAUUUUAUCAGAAAUCAAAGACAACUUCUCAAGCUUGACUUGAGUGACAAUCAAAUUACGACUAUAUAUCCCAACUCAUUUGAUGGGCUGAAUAAACUCCAAAAAUUAUGGUUACAAAACAAUGGACUCAUAGACAUUCCCGACGGUGUCUUGAGACAAAUGCCAAACCUGGUUGGAUUGUACUUGUCCGAGAAUAACCUGACAACUGUAAGAGAAGAGAUGCUUGACGGCGUGAGCGAGCGUUUGACAAUAAUGGAAUUAUAACCAAAAUCCUUUUAGAUGUGACUGUACAUGGCUUGGUUUAAGGACUAUGUAGUCCAGCAAAAGAUGGACGAACCAUUCACAGACAUAAGAUUUAUGUGUUCUGAACCAGCUCGAGUUCACGGGCUUCGUUCUGAUGAAAUGACAAUCAGUGACUUUGUCUGCUUAGAUGAAGAUGUGGAUUGGAAAGCUUGCGGUUUGUCUGACAAGAUCUACACCAACACCGAUAUGGCUACUGCAAUCAUCGUGACAAUCGUGGUCAUAUUAGUAAUUGUCGGACUUGUUUUGGCUUACGUGUUUUACUGUCGUAAACGUCCCGCCACCGUUCCCCACUUCAACAACACCGUCAACUUCAAUUCAAGUUCCAAUCCAAAUAGUGCAUUCGUGAAUUUAGAGGAAGAAAACAAAAUUUAGGACGAAGGAAUCAUAUUGAAGAGUUAUUAGUAAAAUAAAACAAUGGUGUACAACUAUCCGCCUCGAAAAGCUUAAAUAAUAACACGAUUGCAUACAUAUACUCAAAAAACAAAGUUAUUCAAUAUAUAUAGUCAAAUAAUUAAUUUGGAUAACAUGGUACUACAUAAAAAGAUUUAGUACAUUAUAUUUAGCGGCUUGCGCACUUCUGCCUCUCACCUUCUGUUUAAUUUCAUGUUUUCUUUCUCCGCAGUUUGCACAUUUAUAAUAAUACAUAACGGAAGAUUGCUUCGAACAUAUAAUAUAAUUAUAUUAUGA